AUGGACGGGGGCAAUGUCCGGGUCGUCGUCCGAGUUCGGGCGUUUCUGCCCAGAGAGAUUGAACGCGGCGCUGAGUGCCUGGUGGAGAUGGACCCCGUCACCCAGCAGACGACGCUGCUGGUGCCGAACGACAGCGACCCAGCGAACGCCAAGGCGAAGUCGAGGAAGAUUAUUGAAGAAAAGACGUUCACCUUUGAUAGCUCGUUCUGGAGUCACGAUCUCAACGACAAACACUAUGCGCACCAGUCGGACGUCUACAACAGCUUGGGCGAGGAGUUCCUCGACCACAACUUUGAGGGCUACCACACUUGCAUCUUUGCCUACGGCCAGACGGGUUCAGGCAAGAGUUACACGAUGAUGGGCACACCAGACCAGCCGGGCUUGAUUCCUCGAACGUGCGAGGAUCUCUUCGAGCGAAUCGAGGCCGCGCAGAACGAAACACCCAACAUCUCCUACAACGUCAGAGUAUCGUACUUUGAGGUCUACAACGAGCACGUGCGCGACCUUCUCGUGCCUGUCGUGCCCAACCAGCCGCCGUACUAUCUCAAGAUCAGAGAGUCGCCAACGGAUGGGCCAUACAUCAAGGACCUGACCGAGGUGCCGGUGCGCAAUCUUAACGAGAUCUUGCGAUACAUGACUGCGGGAGAUAGAUCAAGAACCGUGGCCAGCACCAGGAUGAACGACACCAGUAGUCGUAGUCACGCCGUCUUCACCAUUAUGCUCAAGCAGAUCCACCAUGACAUGGAGACGGACGAGACGACCGAACGGAGCUCGCGUAUUCGACUGGUCGAUCUGGCUGGCAGUGAGCGCGCCAAAGCGACAGAGGCGACGGGUCAGCGCCUCCGCGAGGGAAGCAACAUCAACAAGUCCCUGACCACUCUCGGUCGUGUCAUUGGUGCGCUCGCGGACGCCAAAUCGGGCUCGAGAAAGCGGAGCAAGGACGUGGUCCCUUACAGAGACUCGAUCCUAACGUGGCUAUUGAAGGACUCUUUGGGAGGCAACAGUAAAACGGCAAUGGUUGCCUGUAUCGCGCCGUCGGACUACGAGGAGACUCUCUCGACUCUGCGUUAUGCGGACCAGGCCAAACGUAUUCGCACCCGCGCUAUUGUCAAUCAAGACCACAUCUCGUCGGCGGAGCGUGAUGCACAGAUCACUGCCAUGGCGGAGGAGAUCCGCGUUCUCCAGUUGUCUGUAUCGGAGUCGCGCCGGCGCGAGAAGGACAAUAUGGACCAAGAAGAGAAGCUCGAGGAGUACCAGAACCGCGUGGUGACCAUGCAGCGCAUGAUGGAGGAGCGCAGCCUCGUCGCAGAGGGAAAGAUCCGGAGCUUGCAGACGGAAAAUGAAGCCCUCCGCCUGCAUCUCAAGUUGGCACUCGACAGUCUCAAGAACCCCAUCCCCGCCGUCACCGUCAAGCCGGCAACUGAAGAGGAACACGAGACUGAAGAGGCCAAGGCGGGGCAGGAGGAUAAGGAGAAUGCCGAGGACGGCGAGUCAUUAUACGACGACUCGGACGAUACGGCUUACGACUCAGAUGUCAUUGAGGACAAUGCCAACGACAUGCAGGAUUAUAUGCGCAGCCUGCUGAGCGACUUGGGCAUGUUCAGACGGAAAAUCGGAGACGACAAGGAGCGAUGGGUUGGCGACGUAUUGGCAGGUGCGCUGAAUGCGUAA